AUGUAUCUACAAAAGCAACUGCUGUUAUUUCAGUUAUUAAACAUCGCAAAUAUUUGUAAAGAAAAAACGAUGUUUUUAUUUGCAGAUACAUCACGACGUAUCAAUAUUAGCAAAACGUUGGAAGAAGUGCGAAACCUAAAUACACGAAAUGAUAAACUGUUGAAGGAUUUCGGUGUCGAUCCGUUCACAUUCGCCGAUUCCACGCAGGAAUUGCUCGACCAAUUUGCGCAGAUACGGUUCCAAACUGGGCUUUGUAUCGACGAGCCCCAGAUGUCGUUUCUCGAGGAGUUUCUUUACCAGCGGGAAGCGAAACGACUCGAAGCCAAAACACAAGCAAUUGCGCUACGUUCGGAUGUUGCCUCGCUACGGCGACAAUGUGACAUUGAGGCAAAGGAUGUAAACCGGUUAGAAAGCUUCCUCGAAGAAGCGCAGAAGCUUGUGAAGUCAGCGGAAGAGCUCGAAAAGAAAAAGGCAAAUCAGGAGAAGAAUCACGAGGUGGUAAAGGGGAAGCUAGAAUCCCUUCCCAGCGUUUCCGACGACAUCAAUUUGGAUGAAUUGAUCGCAAACGUACGUCUGCUAGAAGAAGAGAAUGCUGAAAGGCGAGGUGGCGAUAAGUGA